UUUUUGUUUCCCUGACAGCCUUUACCCCAAGACCCAAGGCUUGCUAUGGAAUUCACUUUACCCCCUGCUGCUGCCCAGCCUAGUACACGACCUUAGUGGAUUCCCUUCAUCUCCCUGUGUGUGGUUCUUACCCACACUCACUGUAAAAAGUUCAGCAUAGACCUGGUACCUCCAACAGCCACUACUGGGUUCUCCACCAGUCCCCUCCCCACUCCCACCCUCUCCCCUCCCCUAAGAAGAUGUCACUGAGCCUGACAACAGACAUCCAGCAGGAGGGAGAGAGUGGGCUACAAAUCGAGCCCUGCAGUCGAGGUAAAAGCUCUCCUCAACCACAGAGCACCAAGGAUGGGACAGGAGAGGGACCAGAGCCAGAUGAUAACUCUCCACAGGAUGCACAGCAGAAGCGGGCUACUAACCACAGCCAUGGCAGGAAAAGGGCCAAGUCUAAUGCCAAAAUGAAAUUAGUACGGAGUCUGGCAGUAUGUGAGGAGUCCUCUGGUCCUUUCCCCAACGAUGGACCCCCAGAAUCGGAAAUCAUCCAGCUUCACAUCAGCUGCCCAUCAGACAAAGAGGAAGAAAAGUCUUCAAAGGACGAGUAUGAAAAUGAAGAAAAGGAGAAGAAGGACAAGACUCCUCGAAAGAUGCUGUCACGUGAUUCCAGUCAGGAAUACACCGACUCCACAGGCAUUGACGUUCAUGAGUUUUUGGUCAAUACACUGAAAAACAAUCCCAGGGAUCGAAUGAUGCUGCUUAAACUAGAACAAGAUAUCCUGGAGUUCAUUAAUGACAACAAUAACCAGUAUAAGAAAUUUCCUCAGAUGACUUCGUAUCAUCGAAUGCUGUUGCAUCGUGUGGCCGCCUACUUUGGCAUGGAUCACAACGUAGAUCAGACAGGAAAGGCUGUCAUCAUCAACAAGACUGGAAACACUCGCAUCCCAGAGCAACGGUUUUCUGAACACAUCAAGGAUGAACGCAACAUGGACUUUCAGAAGAAGUUCAUCCUUAAAAGAGAUGAUGCUAGUAUGGACAAAGAUGAUAAUCAGAUCCGUGUGCCACUGCAGGACGGGAGGCGUAGCAAAUCUAUUGAAGAGCGAGAAGAAGAAUAUCAGCGGGUACGAGACAGGAUCUUUGCCCGAGAAGUGUCCUUUUUUUUGCAGUCGUCUCAAAAUGGAUACAUCAAUGACAACAGACUUUCCACUGAGGGCUACUGCUCUAGCUCUCAAAAGAGGAGACAGAUCUUUAGAGGGAACCGUGAGAGCUCCAGUCGAGCAUCAAGCAGUCGUCAAAGCAGCACAGACAGUGAUAUGAAGUGUCUGGAGCCACGACCUUGGAGCAGUACCGACUCAGACAGUUCUAACCGCACCCUUCGGCCACCCGUGACGAAGGCCAGCAGCUUCUCUGGCAUCUCCAUCCUCACCAGAGGGGACAGCCUUGGCAGCAACAAAGGAUCACAGGGAAGCUGCAAGGGCUCUCGCUCUGGCUUGCCCCUAGUCAGUCCUGAUGUUUGCCCGCCGCCUUCGGUCUCCCAGUCCAGCCGUAGCCUCCUACCCUGCCCGCCGCAGCCGCCACAGCAGCCGCAGCCCCAGGCUCCACCUCAAACCGCUCUGCUACCCACCCCGCAGCAGCACCCCAUGGGCAACCACAUGAUUGCUCAGCCGGUGGCGUCUCUGCAGCCCUCUCAGCCUGUCUCCUACUCCAGCCCCUCCUGCCCCCAGGUUCUCCUGCCAGUUUCUCCUCCCCAGCAGUACACAAUGGGAGAUGAGCUGGCACCCCAGUUCACACAAAUGACUCUGAGUCGGCAGGGCUCCAGCGAGAACCCUGAGCCCCCACCCAUGUAUCAGCCCCCUCCCACCGUGCUAUCGCAGCACCCCCCACCCCAGCCUGGUUACAUCAUGGCUACGACAGGUCAGCCUUUGCCUCCACCAUCUGGCUACCAGCCCAAUACUGGACACCCGCAUCCUCCUCCGCCUCCGCCUCCUCCAUCACAGACUGUCAUACAGGCUCCUCCACCGCCGCAGGGCUACAUCCAGCCCCCUCCACCGCAACAGAUACAGGUGUCAUACUACCCUCCUGGUCAGUACGCCAGUUCAGGACAGCAGUACCGUGUGUCCCAACCUAUAUCUCACCAGGUGUCUUAUCAAGCCCAACGCACACAACCAAUGCCUCCGCCCAAUCAGCAGUCAGGUCUUCAGACCAUGAUGCCUAGCCAGCAGCCAAGCUAUCAGAACAUGAUGGGGGUGCAGCAGCCUCCAAAUCCUGGUCUGCUCAAUUCCCAAAGAACGAGUAUUGGAGGCCAAAUGCAAAGUAUAAUGGUUCAAUACCCGCAGAUGCCAUCAUAUCAGGUGCCAGUGGCAAAUGAAAAUCAGCAAGUGGUGCAGCAGCAGUACCAGCAGCAGGUCAUGGUCCCUGUCAGCCAGUCUGUCCAGGGGCCUAUGCCUGUCUACUACAGUGUUAUUACACCCACACAGCAAAACAGCACAAGCCCGUCAGUAGGUUACCUGCAGCCUCCCAGCUCAGAGCAGUUUCAGAUCACACAGUCACCGUCUCCCUGCAACCCUCAACCAUUGCAACAGCAAUAUUCAGGAGUGGCUCCUCCAGGGCCUGGGGUGAUGGUCAUGCAACUCAGUGUCCCCAAUGGACCGCAGCCUUCCCAGAAUCCUCCUCUCGUUCAGUGGAACCCGUGCAAGUACUACAGCAUAGAGCAGCGGCCCAGCAAGCCAGGAGAGCUCUACAAACCUGACAACACUCCACAGGCCAGCACUCAGCUGACCAGUCCCCUUGCCUCUCCCACUCAGUCCCCCACCCCAUCUCCCUCUGGCAGUGUCAACAGCGUAUGUCCAGGCCUCGGACCACUACCCCUUAUUUCCCAGUUUCAACGGCCGGGAGGACCGGCUCAGGGUGACGGUCGAUACUCUUUAUUGGGGCAGCCUCUCCAGUACAGCCUGUGUCCUCCACCCCUCAUGCAUGGCCAGUCCUCCUAUAACUCCCACCAGGGCCAAGGAGUAAUCAAACACGGAGCACGAGGAAAGAAACAAACACUCAAAUCUGCAUCAACAGAUCUUGGCACCACAGAUGUUGUUGUGAGUCGAGUACUCGAGGUGACCGACCUGCCGGAGGGGAUUUCACGUCCGGAGGCCGAAAAGCUUUUCAACCAGCUGUCGAUGUGCGGCGCUAAGAUCCAGUGGCUAAAGGAACCCCAGGGAGGCCGAGGAGUAGCCGGAGGCUGCGGUCCCUGUGUCGGAGCCAGCGCGAUGUCUGGGGUCGGCAUGGGAGCAGGGGGAGGGAAGGGAGACGGCCACGACCCAGCGCACCUCUACACAGUAGUUGCAGUGUUCCCCACCACCAUGGCUGCACAGAGUGCUUCCUUCAAACUCAACAACAGCGGAGCCAGCCUCUUCAAACUCCGGGCUGCCAAAAAGAACUAUGACCUUCGUGUGCUAGAGAGAGCCAGCUCUCAGUGAGACGAGACGAGAGGAGAGGGCGAGGACAGACAGACCGACAGAGACGGACACAGAGACUUUUGGUGGAAAAGGAAGGACAACUGAGUGGGACUGCUCUUAGUGUACAAUUUAAAAUCAAAAUGGAAAAAAAAAAAAAAAAAAAAAAAGAGUUAAAUGAUGUGUCAAAUGUAUAAAAGGGAAGAAGGUGUGAAUCAUGAGGUGGCUGGUGUUUGGUUGCAAAUCAGAUUUUUGUUGUUUUGUUUUUAUUCAUUGGUUUUGUUUUGUAUUUAUAAAGCAGAAGAGCACACCAGACACGCAAGCAUGUGUUUCACUGUUGCCGUGGAAUGUGUGCUGCCAUGAUACAAUUACACACACACAAACACACACGCAAACAAACCAAAAGACACGGACAGAUACACAAGGUGCAGGUAACAGGGUCACGUAGCACAUAACAAAAACACACUGGACAGUCGAUCUCAGUCAAAC